AUGCAGUUGUGCAAUUUAUUGCUACUAUCAGUGACAGUGCAGAACGUCGUUUUGGCAUGGUCACCUACAAAUGGCUACGCUCCUGGUAACGUUACUUGCGACAAUGACAUCAAUAUUAUCAGGAACGCUUCAGGAACACUAUCAUCAAAUGAAACUAAUUGGUUGGAAAAAAGAGAGGUCGUUGUAGAGGAAGCACUUCAAAGUUUUCUCAAGCGUGCCUUCACAAAUUUCUCAGAUUCUUCUAUUUUGGAUCAUCUUUUCAAGAAUUCUUCGUCAACUUCCAAUUUACCAAAGAUUGCUAUUGCUGCCUCCGGUGGUGGUUACCGUGCCAUGUUGAGCGGUGCUGGUAUGAUUUCCGCAAUGGACAAUAGAACCAGAGGUGCUAAUGAACACGGGUUGGGUGGUCUUUUACAAUCUAGUACCUAUUUGGCAGGUCUUUCUGGUGGUAACUGGUUGACUAGCACUUUAUCAUGGAACAAUUGGACAUCUGUCCAAGAUAUUCUUGAUGGUUUCGAUAAUGACACGGCCAUCUGGGAUUUAGAACACUCUCUCUUGACUCCAGGUGGUAUCAACAUUGUAACUACUUAUGAAAGAUGGAAUCACAUCUCUGACGCAGUGGAAUCAAAAUCCGACUCUGGAUUUAACACUUCCUUAGCUGAUAUUUGGGGCCGUUCUCUUUCCUACUAUUUCUGGCCAAGUUUGUACAGAGGAGGUGUCGGUUACACUUGGUCUACUUUAAGAGAGGCAGAAGUCUUUCAAAAUGCUGAAAUGCCAUUUCCAAUCACUUUAGCUGAUGGUAGAUAUCCUGGCACUACUGUUAUCAAUCUAAAUGCUACGAAUUUUGAAUUUAAUCCAUUUGAAAUGGGAUCUUGGGAUCCUACAUUGAAUGCGUUUGCCGACGUCAAAUAUAUCGGUACAAAUGUCUCAAAUGGUAAGCCAGUCAAUCAAGGUCAUUGUAUUGCUGGGUUUGAUAACACAGGUUUCAUCACUGCAACGUCAUCCACCCUGUUCAACCAAUUCCUUUUACAAAUCAAUUCUACAAGUUUACCAAGCUUUUUGACCAACUUUAUUACUCACUAUUUAGAAGAAUUAUCAAGAGAUUCCGACGAUAUUGCCAUUUAUGCUCCCAACCCAUUCAAAGCCACUGAAUUUGUUGACAGCAACUAUAGUACCAGUAUUGUUGAUUCUGAUUAUUUGUAUUUGGUUGAUGGUGGUGAAGACAACCAGAAUAUUCCAUUGACACCAUUAAUUCAGAAAGUUCGUGAUGUCGACGUUAUCUUUGCAUUGGAUAAUUCUGCCGAUACAGAUCAAUACUGGCCGGAUGGUGCUUCUUUGGUUAAUACAUAUCAACGUCAAUUUGUUAAACAAGGUAGUAACCUUGCCUUCCCAUACGUUCCUGAUGUUGAUACAUUUGUUGAUUUAGGUUUGAAUACUAAGCCCACAUUCUUUGGUUGUGAUGCCAACAAUUUAACUGAUCUGGACUAUAUUCCACCUUUGGUUGUUUACAUUCCAAACGCUGAGUAUUCAUAUGCCAGUAACCAAAGUACUUUCAAAUUAUCUUAUUCUGAAAAGGAACGUAUUUCCAUGAUUAGAAAUGGGUUCGAAGCUGCUUCUAUGAACAAUUUAACUGAUGAUUCUUCAUUCUUAUCAUGUGUUGGUUGUGCCAUUAUUAGACGUCAACAACAAGGCAAUAAUUUUACUUUACCUUCUGAGUGUGAAACUUGUUUCACCAAUUACUGUUGGAACGGUACUAUUUCAAAUAAGAACAUUUCAGGUUUGAAUAACAGCGAUUUUGCAAGUACUGCAGCUGCCUCUGCUGUAUCAAGCAUAUCUGCUUCAGUGUCAGAUGUGUCUGUAACUGGUAGUACAACAUCUACUAGGAACAAGGAUUCUGGGGCAAACGUCUUAGAAAUCAACAAUUCAAUCGUUGCCGAAUUAUUUUCGAUUUUUAGUAUAAUUUUCAGUUUAAUUUGA